GUAGAACUCAAGUUCCUUUUAGUGAUCAUAGGGAAUUCUUUGGGUUUCCGAUCUACCCACCUGUUCUGUACUGUUCCACCAACCUCGAAACUGGAGAAGCUUAAAACAGGUGACUCCGACGUUGGAACUAAAAUCUAAAACCAUCUAACCCCAAGAAGUACUCUCCUCUCCACUCCCCUAAUUAUAUAUAAAUUACAUAUCAUGGAACCUCAAUCUCAGAUCACUCACUCACACUACUACAUGUCUUCCUUACUUGCACUUCUCCACAGAUUUAAAACCAUUUCCUCACUCUUUUAAUUGACUCAUCGGUAGCUUUCUAUUACAUAAGACCAACGUUUCUUCUUCAAGAAAAAGAUAAUGGCGAAAAAUGUAGCUCAGUCUUCCCUGGAAAGAAAUGGGUUGGCCUCACUGGAUCAGAGACUUGCCAUGGCAAAGAAAUGCUCUUAUGAGGGCGUGAUGGCUGGAGCAAAGGCAGCUGUUGUCGCAGGCUUCGCGACUGCAGUUCCUACAAUUGCCAGCGUGAGAAUGCUGCCAUGGGCCAGAUCCAACCUUAAUCCCACUGCACAGGCACUUAUAAUCUCCACUGUGGCAGGUGCUGCCUACUUCAUAGUUGCAGACAAGACAGUUUUGGCAUCUGCAAGAAAGAACUCCUUCAAUAAGUCUAAUAUGGAAGCUUAACUAAUUCUCUACAAUUAACUACUAUUUUUAAGUAGAGAGAUUAUAAGGAUGAUAGACAUAUCAGUCUUAAGACUCCUACUUAGCUUUUGCUUCUAGCCCAGUCAGUGUGCUUCUCUUUGUGUAUGUAAAUUUUGAAUUAAAAAUAAGUACAGGUUUCCUCAGGUUCC